AUGAAGUGGUUCACUCUCGUUUUUGCUGCUUCUGCUGCUUUCGUCACUGCCUCGCCUAUCGCAAGAUCCUCCAUCUCGCCAACUGGACCUUGCCCCGAAUCCAAAGUCGAUGCUAUCCUCAAAGGCGAAAUGGAUGCCUCCGAGUGUUGCUCGUACGGCAAAUGCAAAGGCGAUGUAGUCGUCUCGGUUGGCUAA